GUUGUUACAUGUGCUACAAUGUUUACAUAUGGAGUGUCGGUUGGAUAACAUAUUUGCCAACUUUGGCAAUAUUUUAUACAACUAUGGCAAAGCAUUGGCUAGGACGACGAAUCUCGAGGAUAUAAUCCAACCAAGCAAUUUGUGGUGUGGAUGCUACAAGCAUCUAGUUAACUCGUAGCCUAUCGCUAGCAAAUUGCUAGCUAAUUCAGCUAUGCUAGCUGGCUACCUAGCCAGCUCAGCUGACUGAAUUUAUUUGAGAACCCUAAACUAAAUAUGAAGGAUAUAAAAUGGGACGAUAUGAAGUAAUCAACCUUUCAUCUUUCAAUUUAAUCAAUGCUUUUUUAAGUAAUUUGGAGCUACAUCUAGUACUCAGUCACGGUGGCCGAGAGGUUAAGGCGUUGGACUCGAAAUCCAAUGGGGUUUCCCCGCACAGGUUCGAAUCCUGUUCGUGACGAUGUUUUUUCUUGAGUUAUGGUGUUGGACUCGAAAUCUAAAUAGGCUUCCUCGCAUAGGUUCGAAUUCUUUUCGUGACGAUGUUUUUUAUUGAGGAGUUAUGGUGUUGUACUCGAAAUCCGAAUAGGCUUCCUCGCAUAGGUUCGAAUCCUGAUCGUGACGAUGUUUUUUCUUUUUUCUUGGAAAGACACGCCUUAAUAUGUUUACUGUAGGUGCAAAACCUAGCUAACUACUUUCAUACUCAACCCGAUAAAAUGAUGAGGCUCUUUUACAAGUUGAAGUGAUUAUUUGUAUUACGGUGCCUCGUGCCAAAAUGUCCAUCUUCCGUUUGCUAACAGCUGAAGUUGGUUGAUGUGCUAAUUGGAUACUUCUUUAAUUGUCUAGUUGGCAAUAGUCUCCCAAACCAUGACUGGAGUUCUACCGCACGAGAGCCUAUUCUUGAUUAAAGAUAUUAAACCAGGACUGAAAAAUAUAAAUACAAUCUUUAUUGUGUUGGAAAUUGGAAGGGUGUCAAAAACUAAAGAUGGCCACGAGGUUCGCUCCUGUAAGGUGGCGGAUAAAACCGGGUGUGUAUCUCUAUCGGUGUGGGAUGCCGUGGGAGGACUCAUCCAACCGGGAGAUGUACUGCGACUCACACGCGGGUAUGCGGCACUAUGGCAAGGCUGCCUGACUGUCUACACGGGUCGGGGAGGAGAUCUGCAGAAAAUCGGAGAGUUUUGCAUGAUCUUCUCAGAGGUGCCAAACUUCAGUGAACCCAAUCAGGAGGUUAUGGCGCAUAUUCACCAACUCAACAGACCCAAUAGAGUGGAAUCUGUCACAAAUACACCUGUCAAUCAAAACUUCACCUCUGCCCCCGCCCUGACAUACUCGUCCAAUGGCAGCACGCCGCUGUCCCGGGACCUGUCAUAUGGAGAGUCAGGAGUGACCGGGCAUGGCCGAGGGAGCCCCGGCUGUUCCCCCAAGAAUGCAGUUGGUGUUUGUAAUGCAAGAGAUCCUCGCCAGGCAGUAAAAAGAAAGAGGUGAAAGUACUGUCACUAUGCCAAACUGAUACAGACCCGAUAUUAUAUUGAUCUUUUGUGCUUUACCGUUUGUGAACACUAGAUGGCGUCCGUGUACAACUCAGAAUUAUUCUUUUUUUUUCUUUUUCUUUUCUUCUCGUAAAUAGUUUGAAGGGCUGUGAGUGAAGUGACGAUAAAGUCGGCUAAAGAUGUCAUAGCACUUAAUAAUUAAACCGCAUCCAAAGGAACAUAUUCACUCAUUUUCACGUUACUUUGUCCCAUCUCUACAUUCUCUGUUAAAUGUAAGAUAUCAUUUGUUGAAUGCAGCGACACUGAGACCAAGAAAAAAAUCCUAUAGGACACAAAGUGGGCUAUAUAGUAUCGUAUGACUUUAAAUCCACACUUGCGUAGCACAAUUACGUUUAAGCAAUCCAAAGGACUGUGACUCCCGGUUAAUCUGACAACCUGUUAUUAUAUGAUUCAUGAAUAUUCCCAUGGUAUUAAGUCCGCGUUUACUGAGCCAUUAUUGCAUGUGAAAGGAGUUACCCAGGGAUGGAGCUUAUUGGAUUCUAAACUAAUAUCACAUCAAAGGCUAUCUGGGGGUACUUUUCCAUAGCGGCAGUGAACUCGCUAAUGAUGUGUGGAGAUAAGGCCUCCUGCCGGGUGGCCCGAGGUUUUACUUUUCACCCUACAUUCACAUUCUUUGAAUGUUUUGCUAAUUUAUUUUAAAUAAAAACAGACGUACUUAAUCCCCAUGAUUACAAAUGCAUUAAAGGUUCGUACUUUUGAUACUUUUAUUACAAUAAGUACAUUUCUUCUACUACAAUUAUUAUAUGAAUCGACUUAAAUCUGUAUCUGCAGGCCUGCCUCGUUGGAGCACCUUAUUGCUUGGAGGAGGAACAGCUAAUUAAUCAAACGUUUCUAUGUCUAAGUUUUAGUGUGAUUAUCAUAGGUAGAACAAGAACCAAUAAUAAUUGGCCAAAGCAAUUGUAGGCAACAGGUGAUUAAUACCACAUGUAACGUCUUCAUCUGCGGUCAUGCUACACACAAUGGGCAAUAAAAAGCCACAUUUUACAGUCAAGUAAAUGAUCUUGGCUUUCCUCUUUGCCUCAGGGUUUAAUCAUGGAACACAGUGCUGCUGAAGUUAGCACCGUGAGUUGACUGAGUCUAAAUGUUACUGGAAGACAAACCUCUGGAGAGCUGCCAGUCAACAGUGUGUUCUUUGUACAUAGUUGACAGCUAGCGGUAGUGUGUUCUAGUCUGUGGUAAUGGCUAAGGGACUGCUUGAUAGCUGCUGGUUUCCAUUACUCUGCUGGUCUGAAUGGUAUGUCCGGUUCGAGGUUUAACAGGCAGCCAAACGCCAGGGGGAGAGCGAGGCUGGCCUCUCCCACAGUUGAACCCCUUUCCUGGGACGGGAAAGUGUGGCCACCUUGCCCAGGCAACGUUCUGGACCUUUACAGACACAAGAUGAGAAAGGGUGGAAGUGUUGA